AUGGCUCCUAGCACUUGGGCAUCUGCGGCUGCCUUGGCCGCGUGUGCCGCACCCGCCAUGGCUUUUGUGCCAGCGGGCCAAGCCCAGACCGGCAGCUUGAGGGCCUCGAGGAACCCGGCCCCGGCUUCGGUACCGGCCUCCGCCUCGGCCUCGGCCUCCGGCGUGUCCGGCGCUUGGGCCACCGCAGGCUUGGCAACCGCUGCAGUGGUGGCCGGUGCAACGGCCUUCCGUGCACGGCCCGCCCCGCGCCGAGUGGAUCGCAAUGUCGUCGGCGUGUGCUUGCCGCUCACGGACAAGUUUGACCCGCUUGACCUUGGCAGCACAGAUGCGAAGAUGGAGCGAUACACGGCGGUGGAGAUCAAGCAUGGUAGAGUUGCAAUGAUUGCAACUGUCGGCUAUAUAAUGCCAGAAAUCUUCCGCUUCCCAGGCUGCGAGGACUUCAAGCAUGGGCUUGCAGCAUUUGAGAGCAUCCCCCUGGAAGGCUGGAUCCAGCUGCUUGCGUUGGUUGGGGCCCACGAGGUGCUGGUGAAGCCUCGUGAGGGUGGGCUGGGCAGCUUCGAUUUCGGCCUUGGAACGGAGCUUUUGGAUGGCAUCGAUGAGGAGGAGCUGGAGCGCAAGCAGACCUCUGAGCGCAACAACGGUCGGUUAGCCAUGGUUGCGAUUUUGGGCCUCAUGUGGCAGGAUGGCACCUUCGGCGAAGCACCCUUGAGCUACAUGAACAAGUACGGCUUCUGGGGUGAGCCGGUGCAGUUCGUAGUCUCACACAUUGCGAACUGCCAGUCCUUUGCCGGCAGCUACGUGAACAACGGAGGCCUGUGUGCCCUUCCUCGUGGCCGAACCAGCAUGCAAGCCGUGCAGAAGUUGUCCGAGGGUGUUUGGGUGGAGAACGAGACCUACCCCAAGGAGAUGGAAAUGUCUCCUUCUGUCCCUUUCUUGCGGUAUCCUCAGGUCCUCAAAGGCUGGGUCGGCGAGGAGAAAGGUUUCGAUCCUCUUGGCGUGACCGACGCACUUCCUGUCUACUGGGUGCGUGAGGCUGAACUGAAGCAUGGACGGAUUUGCAUGCUUGCGACCGUUGGAUGGAUUGCGACAGACCUGGGUGCCAGAUUCCCAGGCGAGAAGUUCCAGAGCGUGGCCAACAGCAUCGAGGCCCACGACAAGAUGGUUGAGGCCGGCUACAUGCUGCCCUUCCUAGGCGCCGUCGGCACCUUCGAGCUGUUCUCCCUCUGGCUUUUCUUCCAGUCCUGGCCGAUUGGUGAUGGCAUCAACCGUGAAGCAGGGGACUAUUGGCUAGGCAAGCAGUUCCUGCCAAAGGAUCCUGCCAAAGAGAAGGACAUGCGACUGAAAGAGCUCGAGAACGGACGCCUUGCCAUGUUCGCCUUUAGUGGCAUUGUGACCCAAGUCUUGGACCUCGGCGUCAUGAUCACGGACGAAGAUUGGCAGCAGUCCAACACAAACGAUGCCGUCCAGGCACACCUUGGCCUGGAUGAAGUGUCUAGUCUUUUGGUCUCGCACUCGCGCCCGGCGAAGGCAUUCCGCAAGCGCGGCGAGACCGAAGAGAAGCGCCGGCGAUACGACUGGCUCCCAUGGGAGGUCCGGAAUGCGGCUGAUGGCCUUGGCCCACCGCUGAACUUUGAGAAGCCAGUUCACUCCUUCGACAUGUUCUCCUUGGGGGUUCUCGCGCUGCACUUGACCAUCGGACGAACGGAGGCGCGCCAGCGCCUCAGCGAGAUGGAGCACGCUGGUGCCGGGAAAGAUUUGAAGGCGGUGGAGGCGAUGGUGAUUGACACCAGCAUGCUUGGCCCCGGCCUCGGCCGCCUCGAGACCGACUCCGAGCGACGUCGUGAAGUCGAUCGAGGCCCAGCUCCUGCAGCCGCAGAAGCUGCCCAGCAUCAUGCGUCCGCAUUCAGGUGCCCCACCGAUGGUGCAAAGGCCAACGUGGCGAGUGGCAUCUGCCCCUCCGGCGAAUGUCGGGCGACUUCCGAGGCCGAUGUGGAGCUCGCGGAAGCAGACGAGCUGGCGGCGAUGGACUUCCAGCUGCUGCAGACCAAGGUGCAGCACGAGAUGAUCCAUAUGGAGGCUCAUGCUGCCUCCGCCAUCCCGAAAAAGGUAGUGUCGGGUGAGGGAGGCGUUUGCUGGUCAGAGGAGGAUUGCUGCUCUGAGGAUGCGGAUGAGGCAGCAUACUGCCCAUUGUUCUGCAAAGCUGGCACCGAGAUCGACACGCACAAUGCGAAAGGAUGGGAGGUGAAAGGCCAGUGCAUGAAGAAGUGGCCUGGCUACUGCCGAGAGGAUGAGCAGUGCAAGACCAUCAGCCAUGCCAAGGGAGAAAGUGGAGAACCCACCUACAUUGGGAACUCCAUCUGCUUCCGUUCCGCCGGAUCGCUGGAUGGCAGCUGCAAGAAUGACACCCUCUGUGAAUCGAUGUCGUGUGGCCGGGGGACCUGUCGCUGGGGAAAGUGCACCUGCGACUUCGGUGUCGGUGGAGACCUCUGCGACAAAUCGACCGAGGCUUUCGCCUUCCUCUUCUAUGGGAACAGCUCUGAGAACCUGAUCUCAGUUCGAGUUCUUGUGAAGUCGAUGAGAGCAGCAGGGGCAAACCAGGACAUCCUGGCGAUCGUGCCCAAGAACAUGGUCGACAAGACUCCAAAGCAGCAUUUGGAGAUCCUGGUGCGCGAUGGGGUCAAGAUUUACUACACGGAUCCAAUCCCCAUGCCUGCAGUGAUGGAUUCGGACCCUGUAAUCCACCAGCGGUGGAGCGGCGUCAUGAACAAAUUCGCAGUUUGGCGAAUGACCGAGUACUCCCAGGUGGCGUUGAUGGACACAGACAUGGUGUUCGAUGUCGAUGCAGAAAGUCCCGGGAAAAUUUUCUCGGAAUGCAGCGCUCCGAUCUGCGCAGUGCGCGAUGGCGACUCGCGGUUCAUGAAUGCAGGUGUCAUGGUGGUCACUCCUUCGUCACAACGCUUGGCACACAUCCUGCAGGUUCUGGCAGACGAGCAGCAUCACUUCGCCAUGCCGGAGCAGUCUUUCCUGACCCAGUACUGCAAGAACAAGAAGUUCAAGAUGAAGCUGCAGUUCUUGGACAAGAAGUGGAACUCGUGUGUGGGCGGCGGCAUGCUGCACAACAUCGGCUGGGAAUCUACAGGUUACAAUGUGCUGCACUCCUGUUCGUGGACUGGCAAGCCUCCGAACCUGAAGAUGUGCUUCCCAGGAAAGUGCAGCAGCAACGAGGAAUGGCACACGGUCCUCGUUUGGCAAUUCUACCACAUGCAGGUGGACAGCUGUAUUCGCCAUGAAGAUGCCAAUGCCUGCAACGCGCAUCGAAACCAGUGCCAAUGGUGCGGCAAGUAUUGCGGCACCAACGAGAUCGCAUGUAACAAGAAGCUCUUCAAUCAGACCUACAUCAAGGACAAAGAUGAGCCGGACAUCCAGGAAGCCUCCCGUCUCGGAGCUCUUACCCGCAGCGUGUGGGACAUGCCAGACAACACCUCCCAGCAGGAGUGGAACAACCUCCCGACUGGCUCUUGGGCUUGGCCGCAGGUCGCAAUGUAUCAGAUCCUUAUCGAUCGAUUUGCGACGACGAAGCCGAAGCACUGCGAGAAGUUGAACGAGUAUUGCGGUGGCAGCAUCCCGGGCAUCAUGGACAAAGUGAGCUAUCUUGAGGAGCUGGGUGUCGACGGCAUCGUCCUUUCCCCGAUUGUAGACCAGAUGCCGCACGGAUACCAUGGCUACUGGACGAAAGAUCUCACGAAGGUGAAUCCGGCUUACGGAACAGAGGAAGAUGUGCGAGAGAUGGUCAUCCUGCUUCAUGAGCGGAAGAUGAAGGUCAUCGUUGACGUGAACAUGAACCAUGCCGGGUCCCAGAAGAUCAACGCCAGCAAUCCACGAGACGUGUCCUUGCUGAAACCCUUCGACAAGCCUGAGCACUAUCACUCGGACAACUGCAGCCUCAUCCACGACUCCGACUACGAGCGUGGUUCCUACUUCUUGGAGCACUGCAAGCUCUACGGGCUGCCGGACUUCAACCACGAGAACCCCGUCGUGUGGCAGGGCUUGAUGCAGUGGGUGCGAGAUCAUGUGGACAAAUACGGGUUCGACGGUAUUCGCGUGGAUGCUGCAAGGCACAUCAACAGGAAUUUCUUGAACCACAUCCCGGAGACUGGUCCACCGAUUCCGGCAUACUACGAGGUGGUGAACACGGACAUGGCAUAUGUUUCCGGCUAUGCUACUGGAGAUUACGGUGCGGUCUACAACUAUCCUCUCUACUUCGUGCUGAAGGACAUCUUCGUUCCUGGACCAAAGCAGAAGCCGAUGUCUGCUCUGGGUGAUUGGAUUGUGAAACAGUCGCCCAAGGCCCAGGGCCGACUGAUGCUGAACUUCCUGGACAACAAUGACUUGCCUCGCUUUUUGUACCGGAUCGGCGAGGGUGGCGGCGUAGCCGAGGCAACCAUGGUGGCGCUGUACCACAACGCUUUGCUGGCAAUGAUGGGCAUGGAGGGCUUGCCAGCGAUUCUCUUCGGCUCAGAGCAGAAUGCCCGUGGUCGUCUCAAUUACUCAGAUCCGCUGAAGGUGGACAACUGGAGGCAGCCCUUGUGGCAUCACGGCUACAACACGUCAACGUCGACCUACCAGCUCAUCAAGAAGGUGCUUUGGGUCCGGCAGCGCACGAACGGACUGCAUGCCUUCAAGUCAAUUCCCGUGUACAUGGACCACCAGGUGUUGGUGUGGGCUCGGGGUCCGGCCAUUUUUGCCGUGAGCAACGCAGGACAGCCGAGCAAGAUCCCCUCGCAACGUGUCCUUUGGGACAACGCGACGGCCGGGCUUGGCCCCUACGGGACACCAUCCCUCGUGUGCAAUAUCCUGGAUGAGUAUCCUCUCAAGGACUGCGGUGUGCUGGUUCCGGGCAACAUCUCCAGGCUGCAUCUCACAUCUGAUCCAAAGCUCUAUGUGCCAAAAGAGUACAUCACGGAGUAUCUAUCAGUCUUAAAGAUCCGCAAGAAAGAAGGUGACAGAGUUGCUGAAGAAACAAAGAAUGAUCCAGCAGUGCUGCCUUUUACGAUGUGGAAGGCAAUGCCGGAUCCUCCGAAGAUUCAGAUCCAGGCUCAGAAGCGACUGCCACGCUCAUGGAGACCUGGAACAGUGACUUUGAACGGGAACCCGUCCUGGGUAUGGCACACAUUCCCUCAGCUGCCGCCACACUUGGACAAGUGGGGGCCGCCACUUGGAAUGCCAGUUCCACACGUCAUUAGCGGAUCCCUCAAGGAUGCAUGCUUCUUCUUGGGUCCUGGAGAGAAGGAUGGGGCCCUCUACGCCCGACGAAAAGACAAUCGGACGUAUGUGCUUUGCCCGGACUCGCCAGAGUUCUGCCCGCGGGUCGUCAACGAUCAGGUCAAUUUGACGCGGCUGCGCGAGCACUCCCAAAAAGUCGGCCUUCCCAAGCGGGAGUUCCCCGUGUUGCAUCUGACCUUCGACGUGUGGUACGGCGUGUACCACAUGUUGGUGAGCGCGCUCCCAUCCAUUGCGCCACGGUUGGACAUGCUGCGGAACGGCACCAUGGAGUUGUUCAUCCACGCCGGCCACAAUUUCGUUGGGCAAAUUCUGUCAGUUCUCGGUGUGGAGGGCAACAUCCUCCGACCAACUUCAUUGACAGAGGCGUUCCACUUCUGUGCGCCAGAAAUCCAUUUUGACCUCUCCACCAGGCCACAAUACCCGCGCUUCGAGUUUUCCGUGCCGUACUUGGCCGAGUUUCGGAGAAACCUUUUAGCAAUGGACGACUGGAUGGAUGAAUCCAACAGGCCGUGCAGAUUGAAGAAUCGAGGUCACAUUGUCGUCCUUUCUCGCGGGCACAGCUCUAGAGCGCUCGGCAACGAGGAUGAAAUGGUCCAGGCUUUGAAGACCUUGGGGAGACCUGUCGAGGUUGUGACUCCCGAUCCGAAGAACUUCUUGCACACGCUGCAAGCACUGUCCAGAGCGGAGAUCUUAUUGGGUGCGCAUGGCGCCAACAUGGCCAACAUGAUCUUCGCACCGGAUGGCAUGAAGGUUGUGGAGAUCGUCCCUCAGGUUCCUUUCAAGAUGCAAGACUACCACUUCUGGGACCUUGCAGCAGCCUUGAAUUUCACGUACCUGCCCGUCGGUGACAAGGUCAUGCCGAACGAGUAUGACCACCAGCUAGCGGCGGACCCAAUGACAGAGGAUAAGGCUGUCCUCUCGAUGCAUGUGGACAUCGAGGAGGCAGAGCCACGAGUGAAAGCAAGCAUUUCUCUCCUACAUCGUCGCAGUGAAGGCCUUGAUCUCCAGCUUGCUGCAGUGACCGGCCAGGAUCUCAAGGAGCAGAGUCAGCUUUCUGAUAUGUCGUGGGGAGAGAAUGUGCAGGUCAGCGUAGAUGAGGAGAUCAGCACCAAGAGCGACAGCUGGCAGGCCCCUGCAGUGGAGGAGCCAACGAGGGAGCCACCAGCACCACCGCCUGUGGUGGCUCCGCUGCCGCCCGCGGACCCACCACAGUGGCAGCUGUUGCGGCCGCCCCUGGAGCCGAACGGCACUCACCAGCAUCCCAAGGCGGAAUCGAAGCCGCAGGUGGCUUCAAAUUCCGGUGCUUCUCACGAGGACCUUGGCCUUGACCAUGCCGGCGUGGCAUCGAACGGCUACUUCCGACACGGUGCGGACGACCCAGAUCCGUUGCGGGAACCCCGAGUCGCCAAGAAAGGCCUUGGUGGAGACCCUCUCAGAGCGAGUGCACCGGGCGCUGCGGCCCUGCCACCAGGCCGGCUGAGUCCGAAGUCGCCGGUUGCCAUUGCAUUGGGUGGUCCAUCCCGCGAGAAAGAUGUCGCGAGGACCAUCGCCGGGGGCAGCAGCUCCUACGAGUACAGUGAGUCCUACGACGAGAAAGAUGCGCCGCCUCUCAGGCGAGCACAAGCGAAUCCAGUGGCGCGGAGCCGGCUCCUGAGAAUGCCACCGAGAGCAUUCAAGCGUGGAGAAUGA